AUGGACCUCAUCGACCCCGCCACUGGCAAGCCGCUCCCCGAAGACGCCAUCCGGCGCGACCUCUUCAUUGACGAGCCCGUCCACGUCUACCAGAUCCCUCCCCUAACCUCCAUGAAGGGCCACAACGCAAAGUCAUGGACCGACGACCCCUCGCGAAACAUCUUCACAGCACGCCUGCGCGUCGUCGAAACUGCCUUCGAGUCGCCCGCAUCCGACGGCGGCCAGGGCCAGCCCAAGCUCAAGGUUGACCUGGUCCUCGAGGACCCUUACGACGGAAAAUUGUUCGCCGCCGCGCCGUAUACCAACAGCUCUGUCGUAGAGCCAGCCGUCGACAGUACUCGUUUCUUUGCGCUGACAGUUCGCGAUCCGCAGGGGCACAAGGCCGUUCUUGGUAUAGGGUUUGAAGACAGGUCGAAAGCGAUUGAUCUGGGGAUUGCUUUGCAGGGGGCGCGGAGGGUGUUGGGUCUCGAGAGCGCCUGCGCCGAUGCGAGUGAGGCGAAACAGGAGAGCAAGGAUUACAGUCUGAAGGAGGGCCAGACCAUCACCGUGAAUAUAGGGAGUAAGUCGGGGAGGAGGAGGCAGCCCGAGCCGCCAAGCACUUCGGAUCCGGCUACACUACAGUCCUUUGCGUUGCCGCCUCCGCCGAGUGCUGGUUCUGGUCUGGCCAUGGCUCAGCAAGGGGCCGGGUUUCCUUUGCCACCGCCGCCGAGCGCAAAGGACGUGAAGAGGAAGAGGCAAUCUCUGAGAGAUUUGGGAUUCAACGACGGGAAAAAUGGGGAGUUUGCCUAG